AUGGAGGAAAUCGAAAAGUUUCUUCCCGUAGAGCCUCAUAACGGUGAUGAUAGUGACUUAAUGCUUGGUGUUCAAGUAAAUUAUUUUCUUGACGGCGGAAUAGCCGUCGGGGUUUGCGUGUCGCACAAGAUCGCUGAUGCACUCUCUAUGGUCAACUUUGUCAAUGCAUGGGCUCUCAUCGCCCGCGAAGGAGACGCCGCCGAGAUCUUGCCGCCCAAUUUUGGGUUGGUGCCGUCUCUUUUCCCGCCAACGACGAUGGACUUAACCGGGUCUGAAUUCUCGGCGACCCUUGGCGUGGCGACGAGGGAAAAGGUGGUAACCAGGCGCGUCGUGUUCAACAAAGAAAACCUGGCAGCUCUAAAGAAAUCUGCGGAGGCCGAGUCAUCGAGAGUGGGAGACCCCACUUGCGUGGAGGCCGUCUCCGCCUUCUUGUGGAAGCAUUUCAGGGAGGCCAGCAGAAAAAAAUUCCAACACGGUUCCGUGAAGAAAACGUUCCGGGCCACCCAUAACGUGAACCUCCGUGCGAGGAUGAAUCCGCCGCUCCCGGAUGUGACGUUCGGGAACCUAUGGAGUCUGGCAAAUACUACGGAAACAAGCCCAGAAGACGACGACCUGGUGUUUCAACUGAGAACUUCCAUAAGGGAAAUCAACGCGGAAUACGUUGAAGCUUUGCAAAACGGGAAAGGGCAAUCGGAACAUCUCCGGAAAUUGCAUGAAUGUUACCGCGGCGAAGGGGAAGCUGAGUUCUUAGAAUUUACUAGCUUGUGCAGGUUUCCAAUAUACGAGGUAGAUUUCGGUUGGGGAAGGCCUGUUUGGGCGUGCAUAACAAAUUUGCUCUACAAGAAUAUCAUUAUAUUGAUGAGCACCAAAUGUGGGGAUGGGAUUGAAGCUUGGAUUACCAUGGGUGAAGAAGAUGAUAUAUAUAUGGGAGCAGGGAGCUUGACACCCAGGCCAAAACUAUAGUGCUACCAUUAAUAUUAUAUUAUAUUGUCUGAUCCAAUUAGCUAGACUUAUUUUGUUUGAAUAAAAUUAAAUAUGAAAUACUACUUAUAAUAAUUACGGAGUAUAAGAUGUAUGGUCGUUAUCCCA